ACUCGAAAGAAUUUAGAAAAGUCAAGUGAAAUAGGCUACAGUCCAUCCCUUAAAUGUAUUAAUUUUCUUCAUAGGUCAUGGUUAUUCAUGACAAAGAAUUCAACUAGCUCUACAUUAUGAUUAAGUGAAGCGAUUAGUGUUACCGGUUACCGUAUAAAGUUUCAUAAUAGUAAAUUGCUGAGCGUUCCGAUCACAGUCGGUCUAAAUUGAUCAAAUGAAUGUAAAUAAUAAAACAAUAAGUGGUCGGUGUCAAGUGAUUUCUCCGCCUACUGCAACGCCGGAGAUCAUUAUGCGGUUAGCGCGACAUGCGACUUGAGUACUCCAGACAAAAGAGUACUUGAGACAUGUCGGGCGAGGGCGAGCGCGCGUCCCGGCCUAACUCCCUGCUGCUGGAGCCACCUCCCCCGGAGCGCGAGCCGCUACACUUUGAUGUGCAGCUGGUCGGGGCGCCGCCGGAAGUCGAGCAACUGGUCAAUAAUAUCAAACAAGUCGCUGAGGACUUCCUCUAUCACUGGAAGACAUUUCCUAUUGUACUCCCUCCAUCACAAUUCACGGGACCUGGUAACAAGCCUUCAGAUAUUAUAAUCGCACCACCUUGCGAUGAGCUGGAUGCGGCAGCCUUGGAUGCAGGAGUGGAGCCACAGCCUUUGUCACCAAAGCAACUACAUGCCAUACGAGAAAAAGGCUUGCACAAGGACAAUGUAUUUAAGCCGAAGAAACUAAGUACUAAACAAUUGGAAUCGAUACACGAAUGGGGGUAUGUUGCCCUGACAAAUAUAUAUGUAUGGGAAUUCGAGGUGCCAUCCCGUCACUUUCCUGGUCAGAGCCACGUGUGGCGCGUGGCUGGAUGGCUGCAACGUGGCAGGGCGCGUGCAAGGGAGGAGUUGUAUUGCCACGUUGCGAGAGCUGUCGCACUGCUGGUGGUUGUGGCGAGAGACCGCCUGCUAAGAGAUGAACCGUUGUCUGUGAUAGCUGGGGGGAAGGCGUUGUUACAAGGACUGCAUAGGUUAUUAGAUGUACUGAUUGGAAUGCCUUCGCUAGAAGCUAGGGAUCUCGAUAAGAAAAUUCGAGAAGAACGGUCGAGGUACUUAGUGGCGGAACUCAUUUGUAAGGAAGAGGACCAGGAGGACAUAACCGCGUUGGCCGCAUGGGUGUCGCGUGCGAUGCGCCGCGCCGCCAGCGAGAAGACGGACGCGAGGGAUGCUUUGCGUCUUGCUCCCCGCGUGCCCUGCGUGUACACCACGCCGCAGAGGACACAGGUGGAUCUGCGGCUGUACCGGCGUGAUAUAGCACGGCGAGCUGCCGCCCCGCUGCAGGCCCUGCUGGAGCGUGAGUCGCGAGGCUGGUUCCUGCACUUCCGCGAGCGCCGCGCUGCGCACCUCGCCAGCCAGAAGGUGCCCAUCAAGGACAUCGAGGAGGUACACUCUCUUUUAUAUACCUCUCAGUAUUUAACAUGUUUUAACUUUGACAACCCCUAUUCCAUUCAUAGUAAUAGGAUCCUUCUAACAACUCUGUCUGUUACUUUACAGGAGCUGCGUGCCGCUAAAACCCCCACCAGAGAGUUCACCUGGGCCACCCGUAUUUGGCUACCCCGUAACUGGUCCGUGGUGCGUCACUUCCGAGGGCGCAGCGAGCGCAUCCCGACGGUGCUGAGCUCGCGCGCCACCUCCAUAGUGACGCCGCGCUCCGACCCCAGCCAGCCCGUGUUCCUGGUGCACCGCGAGCGCCUGCGCCGCACCGCCACGCGCUACCCCGCCUGGCGCCUGCUCAACCUCGCCCACAGGACGUGGUGCUGGGGAUGGAACAUGAUGUUCCUCCUAGGAGUACUGGUGCCCUGGUAUUCACCGGUGCGCGCGGAGCUGGAGGCGCUGGCGCAGUGGGCGGCGGACACGGAGCGCCUCAUCGAGCGCCCGCUGCGGGACUACGCGCACUUCGUCGACGCCUGCUUCGGGCCCUUCUCCGUGCAGAUUGCAAACACCGGUGCGUACAAGCAGCUGGAGAAGGAGUGCAACGAGCUGGUGAUGUCUGUGCGCGAGAAGGUGUCCGCGCGGCGGCGGGACCUCGCGCUCGGCCUGACGGAGGCGGCGCGCGCGCGCGUGCGUAUGGCCGCGCCGGACCUCAGGAAAGCGGUGCAGGCGUGUGCUCUGGAGCUGUCGCGGGCGUGGUCGGGGCGCGGCGAGGAGUGGUGGAGCGCGCGCGGCCUGCAGCCCGCCGACUGGCACGCGCUCGCCGCCAACACGCUUGUGGAGGUGUUCGACGCGGAGGUGCUGGUGGCGCUGGGCGAGGGCGAGGCGCGGCUGGCGCUGGAGGGCGGGGCGGCGGCGCGCGCGUGGGCGGCGCGCUGCGGCCGCGGCCUGGCGCCGCCCGACGUGCUGGCCGAGCGCGACCACUGGCCGCACCAGCCUGACCAUCUGCACACGCACGGUGUGUGGGACGAGUGGAGCGGCACGCCGGCGCCGCGCGUCCCGCCGCCCGCGCUCGACGUGUCCGCCUUCAGCCCGCGCGCGCCGCUGCAGCCGCCCGUGCCGCACCCCGCCGCCGUCGCGCUCGUGCUGCACAACAGGGAGUCGGACAAUCCAGUGCCGCUGGACUCUGACCUGUGUGCUGACAUCCUGCGCACGCUGGAGGACGCGCCCGACACUGACGACAGGAGAGAGUUGGAGAAGCGGGACUCAGAGGUGGAGCGAUACCGCGGCGGCGGCAGCUCGGCCAGCAGCUCGGCCAGCGGCUCGGCCAGCACCGCCUCGCCGCAUUCGCCACACACGCCACAAACGCCACACACGCCGCACACGCCGCACAGCACACAUGACACCGCACUCUGCAGUAUAUCUGGUAGCAGAGAGCGCGCGGCGUGCCGCUGGACGCUGACGGGGCGCGGCGUGCGGCUGCGCGCUGACCUCGCCAGCCCAGAGGACGUCACGCUGGACGCGGACAGGCACGUCGGCACCUCCGUAUGAAAUACAACCUUACUGCACCGACAUAGCGUCGAUACUCGCUAACACACGCGCACUGACAUUUCUAUUCGUCUCUGUCUUCUCAAAGGGAAUGAAAGAGAUAGCUAUCAUACAUGUCAGUGCAAAUGAAUUUAAAACUUAUUUACAUAUGUGUAAGGUCGAUAUUUGAUCAAUCGUUCAACCAACUUGCACGCUGACAUUAAUAUAGUUGUCUCUUUUUAGACAAUGAGAAUGAAAGAGAUAGGUAACACAAGUGUCAGUACAAAUGAGUUUAACACUUAUUUAUAUAGACGUAAGGUCGAUAUUUGACCGCACUGAAUUGAACAACUCGCGCAGUGACGCUUGUAUUAGUGCUCUCUGUUUUGUCAAUGAGUAAGAAAGAGAUGGAUGUAUCACAUAUGUCAGUGCACUAGAGUUGGAGAGUUAUUCCCAUACAUUUAAGGUUGAUAUUUGAUAGCAGUGACGCUUACCCAAAUAUACAAGUACCAAUCAAACCAUAGAUUAAAAAUAGCUCUCUUUACUAUAGUUUAUUUUAUAAUUGUAAUGCUUCGUUUGGACUAUUGCAAGUAAUUUAAUCGAGUAACGAGUAACUUAGUAAAUGUGUCUAAACAACAUUUCGUCGUGUAUAUUAUUGAAUAAUUUUGAGAGUAUUUUAAAUACUAAAUUACUCGGAACUAAAUUACUUUCUUAGUGUGAACUAAUUACCGAUUUCUAUAAUACUCCUAGUUUCUUCAAUAACUAGUUUAUAAUUUAAUAAUUGAUUAUAAUUUUAUUUAUUAAAUAUAAACGAUUAUAUUGACCGGUAUAAAGUUUUUUACAGUUAAAUAGAAAAAAAUUGCCAUCUCUCAUUUGCUUUAAAAAAAACUGCGAGAACAAAAUGUCAGCAGUAUUUUAUAGUAGAAUUCAAUAAUAAGGAGAAAUUAUAAUAAACCUAUAUAAACAAUUUUAAUGGCUUUACAGAUUUAUUAAAAAAACAUAUAUAUCAUCAACACUGAGAUUUUCAAAACUAAUUUAUGUAAAAAUUCUUUUUUUUUCUAUUGAAUUCGACUAUAGUUAAUAAAAAAACACGAAUUUUUAGCCACAAGUUAAUUAAGAGCACAAAAAAACAGUUUCAACAUUUUCAAAGUCGCUUUAAUAAAUGUUUAAUAAUUAGUUGUUAAGUAAAGUUAUAUUAGAAAUGUAUGGCUUUUUGAGGCUACAUGUAUGGAUGUUUGCUCAUUUGAAAUAUGGAAUGUGUGGAGAUGUAAAAAAUGGACCCGUUUUGACAAAAAUCACGAAAUUAAAGAAAAAUGCGACCUUAAAAAAGUCGUUAUAGAAUAUUACUUUAUUGAUUCUAUGUAUUUUUUUUGACACAGAAAUAAAAAAAAGCCUAUUUUUUUAUUUAUCGAAAUUAUUUGAAAGAAAUUAAAAAAUUUGGAUAAUCGAAUUUCACUUUAUUGAUUCUAAGUAUUUUUUUGCCACAUUAAUUUUUUUUUUAAAUUGAUUAAAAUUCUUUUAAUGAAAUGUUUUAGAAGUUGUCAAAACGCGGUAGAAUGGAGUUUUAUGUGUUUCGUAUGUAAUCUAAAAAGUGCACUUGAGGCGAGCAACGACGCGUCUAAAUGCUGUAUCUAAUGCCUUAUUUAGAUUAAGCAUAGAUAUA